CACAUUACUUGCAACGAGGGCGAUUGGAAGAGGCGGGGAGGAGGUGGAGGAGGCAGCCAGGGUUGCUUUCGCAAGCGAUCGAUUCGAUCGAAACCGUAGAAAGUAGAUCUCAAUCGCGAUGGAAGAGGAGUUGUGAGGAAGAACCCUAGUUCUCCGAGUCGGAGCUGAGGUCGCAUUUUCGAAAUCUUUGCUCUUUGUUUGAAUGGGACUUUUGCUUUCGAUGUGAGAGCGCAUCAGAUCCGGGAUGUCAGAUCUGUGCGAUUUCAGCGCGGAGGGGUUCGUAGGCGAGGCCGCCGUGGGAAAUGCAACGCCGCAGAAGGCAUCGGCGGUUCUGAUGACGUCUUCGUCGUUCAAGAUCGAAGGGAGGGCGGCGUCGGCCCUGAGGCGGAGGGCCUCGAUGAAGCCCAACUUGGAGGCGGAGGAGUUUAUAAAUCUGCUCCACGGAUCGGAUCCGGUGAGGGUCGAGCUCUGCAGGCUCGAGAAUGAAGUCAGAGACAGAGAUCGAGAAUUUUCUGAGGCACAGGCAGAGAUCAAGGCUCUGAGAUUGUCAGAGCGUGCGAGAGAGAAGGCAGUCGAAGAGCUAACAGAAGAAGUGAAUAAGAUGGAUGAGAAGCUGAAGCUCACUGAAUCACUUCUAGAGAACAGGAAUCUUGAAAUCAAGAAGAUAAAUGAUGAGAAGAAAGCAGCUUUGGCUGCCCAGUUUGCAGCAGAGGCAACACUUAGAAGAGUCCAUGCAGCUCAAAAAGAUGAUGACAUGCCCCCAAUCGAAGCCAUUCUUGCACCCCUCGAGGCAGAGCUGAAGCUAGCUCGGCAAGAGAUUGCAAAGCUGCAGGAUGACAACAGGGCAUUAGAUCGUCUUACCAAAUCGAAGGAAGCUGCACUACUUGAAGCUGAACGGACUGUACAGAUUGCUUUAGCAAAGGCUUCAAUGGUGGAUGAUCUACAAAAUAAGAACCAGGAGUUGAUGAAACAGAUUGAGAUCUGUCAGGAGGAGAACAAGAUCCUGGAUAAAAUGCAUCGUCAAAAGGUUGCUGAGGUUGAAAAGCUUAGCCAGACUGUGCGAGAACUCGAAGAGGCUGUUCUUGCAGGUGGCGCAGCUGCAAAUGCAGUUAGGGAUUACCAGCGGAAAGUUCAGGAGAUGAAUGACGAGAUGAAAACACUUGAUCGUGAACUAUCUCGGGCAAAGGUUUCAGCUAAUAGGGUUGCAGUGGUAGUCGCAAACGAAUGGAAAGAUUCUAAUGACAAAGUUAUGCCUGUUAAACAGUGGCUGGAGGAACGGAGAUUCAUGCAGGGUGAAAUGCAGCAACUUCGAGAUAAGCUUGUUAUAGCAGAACGUACUGCAAGAUCCGAAGCUCAGUUAAAAGAGAAGUUUCAGUUACGGCUCAAGGUUUUAGAAGAUGGAUCGAGAAUGUCGGCUAGUGGUACUUACCGCACGACCAUAGAGGGGAAGAGUGUAAGCAAUGGUCCUUCACGUCGUCAGUCCCUUGGUGGAGUUGAUAAUGUUCCUAAGAGUGUAAAUGGCUUCCUUUCAAAGAGACCAUCUUUUCAGAUGAGAUCUUCUGUUUCUAGUAGCACAGUUCUCAAACAUGCCAAAGGAGCAUCCAAGUCAUUUGAUGGUGGCACUAGAUCGUUGGACCGUAGCAAAGUCCUUUUGACUGGUGCAGGCUUGUCACUGAACAGAUCUUCUGAUGCAACUGGAGAUGGUGUAACACAUGAAAGUUGGAAGAAAAUUCCAGAUGAGAAGACCAAUGAUUUCCCUAAUGUUGACUCAGAUGAUUGUGUCUCUGGACUAUUGUAUGACAUGUUGCAGAAGGAGGUAAUUACACUGAGGAAAGCAUGCCAUGAGAAGGACCAAAGCUUAAAAGACAAGGAUGAUGCGAUUGAGAUGCUGGCCAAGAAAGUUGAUAUGUUGACUAAAGCAAUGGAAGUGGAGGCAAAAAAGAUGAGAAGAGAAGUGGCUGCAAUGGAGAAAGAAGUGGCUGCUAUGCGAGUGGAGAAAGAACAAGAUAACAAGUCUAAGCGACUUGGUGGUUCCAAGGGUCCGGCCAAUAGUUCUCAGCUGCCACCAGGAAGGGCUGUCCCUCGAAGUGGGUUGAUGCGCAACCUAUGACAAGAAAAUAAGAAACAUGAACAAAAUCAAGAAGAGAUUCAGCAUAAGGCUACUUUCUUCUUAUGUAUUUUUCAUCUUCAUAUGCUUGCUGUUGAUUUCUUCAUCAAGACCAGCACCAGACGACCUCGCAACAAUUUGUUAGGGAGCUCAUCUGGGAGACUCAGGUCUGUUUGCAGCUGACAUCGACUGUAGUUGCCUUCUGCAAGUGAUUGUUGGGUUUUCUAACUUAAAAGACCUGUCAUUUUGGUAGGCCAAUGCCUUAUUUGUUUGUAUAGCCUGCUCUAUCUUUGUUAUUCGGCAUUUUGCAAUCGCCUCAGUGUUGUGGUUUUUUUGUUUUGCUUAUUUUCCAAGGAUGUGAAUAUUAUGUAAGUCCAUAUUUGUUUCAUAUUUGUGUUGGUCGGUCUUGA